GAGGGUAGGCAUGUCUGUCUCUCAGCGACCUCACUAAUAGCAAAGAUUAAGUCUCUCUGAAUAGGACAAGCUUCUAGUCCCCAGGAUAAUCGCGAGGGGCGUAUUUUCACGCCGCCUUUGCGAUCCCUUCCUGUCCUAAGGCAGCGGCCAGCUGUAUGUAGCCUGCGUACAUUGCGAUACACACGCAUGCAUCCAUCUUCCGCCAAGCGGUGCCUCUAGAGUCUGGACCGUAACGUUGAGGGAGAGAGCGCGAGUUUCCCGGUGUGAGACCUGUUCGGGUCGGCGGCUCACAAAGCCCCAGGAGCCUGCAGGGGGGGAAAGGGAGUGUUGAGGCCAGACGCGCCUCCUCUCUGAACCAUCUGGCGGGGCUCCUCCCGGGGCGUCUUGGCCGUGCAUUAAGCGGGCGCCCGGGAGUGGGGCUCUGCAGGCUCUGGGGUCAAGGAGGGAAAGUGGAGGGUCGGUGCGUGUGUGGGUUUGCGCGAGGCACAGCUGGCAGCCCGAAUGGUGCAUCGUCUUGCUGGCGGCGGCAGCACCACCAACAUCCCUCCUCGACGGUGCAGACUCUCGCCCUCGAGUCUAAGAGCCCUGAACGGUGUGGGGAAAGGGAAGGCAGGAUUCAGUCUUCAAGGGGCCCGCUCCCAAUAUGGAUCUCGGUGGGACUUCUCUCAAGUAAAGGAUCUGAAGGCAUGACUUAAAAACCCUGUUGGAAACUCACUUGACAGCUGUUCACCCUCGUUCUGAUGACACUUGAUGGAAGAAGCAUGAGGAGUUACUGCAAAAGCAUUUGUCAUCUUUGUUACACUUCAGUACAAUGUUACCAUUCCUGCCACAGAAAAACAGCCUUCUGAAACUGUUACACUCUACCACUAUGGCAUCAAAGAUUUGGCUACAAUUUUCUUCUACAUGCUGGUGGCAAUAAUCAUACAUGCUAUUAUUCAAGAAUAUGUGUUAGAUAAAAUUAACAGGCGAAUGCACUUUUCCAAAACAAAACACAGCAAGUUUAAUGAAUCUGGUCAACUCAGUGCAUUCUACCUCUUCUCUUGUGUUUGGGGAUCAAGCAUUCUUGUCUCUGAGAACUAUGUAUCUGAUCCAACAUCACUCUGGAGGGACUACCCACAUACAUCAAUGCCGUUUCAGAUGAAGUUUUUCUACAUCUCACAGCUGGCCUACUGGUUCCAUGCCUUUCCAGAACUCUACUUCCAGAAGACCAAAAAAGAAGAUAUUCCUCGCCAGCUUGUUUACAUUGGACUUUAUCUUUUCCAUAUCACUGGAGCUUAUCUGUUAAAUUUGACCCAUCUUGGACUUGUUCUUCUUGUCCUACAUUACUUUGUGGAAUUUCUCUUCCAUAUUUCCAGACUCUUUUAUUUCAGUGAUGAAAAAUAUCAGAAAGGGUUUUCACUCUGGGCAAUCCUAUUCGUGUUGGGAAGACUUCUGACCUUGAUUCUUUCUGUCCUCACUGUUGGAUUUGGCCUUGCUAGAGCAGAGAAUCAAACACUGGAUCUUAUUACUGGAAAUUUCAAUGUACUACCUAUCAGAAUCAGUGUGCUGGCAUCCAUCUGUUUCACACAGGCCUUUAUGAUGUGGAAGUUCAUUAAUUUCCAGCUGAGAAGAUGGAGAGAACAUUCUUCACCUCCCCAACAAGUGAAAAAGAAGUUUGUAACAGCAAAAGGCAAGCCUUCCAAAAAAGAAAGAGAAAAUGGAAUAAAUGGAGCAUUAACCUCAAAUGGAGCAGACUCACCUCGCAGCAGGAAAGAAAAAUCAUCUUAAAACAGAAUUUUCUUAAGUUAAUUGACUAAUAUCCCCAAAGAGAACUGCUUUUUACUUUGGAAAGUCCUUCAGCACCAGAGUUCUUAUUAACAAACAAAAAUAAAGUUAAUGCUUUUUGGUUAUUCCAGGCAUAAUGUUUUGUGAACCUUUUAAAAACAUUUUAACUGAAAAGGGGGCCACAUUAUUUUUUUAAAUACCUUUGAAAAUGUUUUGAUUAUUAGAUCAGAAUCCACUUGACAAAAUCAGUGAUGCAAUUUGCCACUCCUUCCAGCGUUGUAGUGAUCAGUAUAGUCCAUUCCAAAAUUAUAUGAAGUUCCAGUUUAAGAAGAAUUUGUAAAAGAAGGAAAAAAUACCAAAUCUGUGUUUGGAUGUCCUCUAAUACUUGGGUAUAUAUUUUGUUUUUACAGUUCAGAAUAGAAUUUGUAAACCACCAAAAUAAUCAUUACUCUGUAGGCAUAUCUACAAUGAUUCCCUUAUUAAAACACAGUUGGACUGAUUGAAA